AUGACACUGCUCGGGCUGUUUCAAACGUGUCUCCUCUUCUUCUCUGUGGCAUUUCUUAUCGUGCCGUUUCUCCUGUCUCUGCUCCUUCCGUCGCUCAUUCGCCGCUUCCCUCUUUCCAAAGCGGGGAAGCGCAAGCUGCUCUGGCUCAUGCAUGCGGCUGCAGACUCUGGAGCAGCAAACGGGUCUGGCGACGUCGAAGAAGCUCCUGGGUUGUCACAGGAAGGCGCCCCCGCCCCGAUUGCCCGCGGUUUUGUUAGUGGCGUCUCCUCAGAGGGAAUACACUCCUCUGCUGCGGACGACCUGCAGGCGGGCUCCAAAGAUGCGGACGACGAUGAAUGGUUCCUUACGGUCACCUCCGUUAGGUGCGCAGGCUUCCUGCGCUUUGCAGAUGUCUCCCUGCUGCUGGAGCGGAGAAGCACCGAUGGUGGCGAGUAUAGGAGACUGACAGAGGCGCCUUCUCGCGGGGCAUGCACUGGCUAUGGAGAAUCGUAUAUUGCUCCUACGACACGCAGUCAGAGCUUUCCACGGCCUCAAAGGAGCCCGGCGCGGGAGCUAGCCACGAACGAUGGCGGCACAUGUGUGUCUGCGGAUCCAAAGUCCGCCACGGCUGACUGUUCUUUGUUUCUUCCUAGCGCCCGGAUCGAUAUCGACGAUGUGAAACUCCGUCUUCGAUACAUUCCCGACGCUCAUCCGUGGUCGGCCGCUCGUCUGAGGAAGAACCGCCUCGUCUCACCGGGCUGGAAAAGCCACGUUGUUCGUUCUGUGAACGAUCGAUGCCGUCGAGCUAUCGAGUUGCUUUGUCCCCAGGUUGGUUCACCUCUUCUUGCUUCUCUUCCCGCGUGGAUUCAUGGUCACAUCGACCACGUGCGAACUCUUCUCUGUCAACCGAGGGCUGACGAGGCGCAAAGCCCCGUCAGUGACCCUCGCAUGCAGUUGCCCUCCUGUCCGGCCGCUGGCGCGUCAGGGGGCGACCCCGCGCGGAAGAACGCAGACUGCCGCUGGACUCUUCGUUUGUCGCUUGAAUGCAGCAGCAUCGGUCUCCACGUGGCUGUCGGGCGGGAUGGCGAGGCCCCGAGCGAGUGCGCGACUCGCAGCGCCUCGAUGCCGCACGUGCGCGCUGCAUCGAGAGACGACGUGGAGACGCAGCGGAGCCGAGAGGAAGCCAAGCACAGUGGAGGCCGCGUCCGAACGGCGGAUCCGCGGACCGCGGCGGCGAGCACCAGGGUGCCGUCCGGCGACGGCCGGGAGGGCGUCACGUCCUCUCGGCGGGUGGAGCAAGGACGCGACUCCGCAGACUCGCGUUCUGUCUCCAUCCCCGCGUCGUCGCCCGUCGCUGCAUCUUCUUCGAAUGCUCCCGGCUCGCCGUGCGAGACGCCUUCCAGCUACACGCAGGCGGAACCUGACGCGCACGCCAGCCGCGAGGAGACACUGACCCUCCCGUCGAGCCAGCCGCAGUCUCCAACGAGCGCCGCGGCCUACGAAAACUCUUUUCUGUGUUCGCAGCCAGUUCGAUCUCGCGCGGACGGCGUGCAUCUGCUUUUCUCUCCCAAGGGCGCAGGUCGCAUGUCGGGGGGGGGCCCGCUCGGCGGCGGCGCGGCCGACAGUGACGAGGCGAGGACGGAGGGAAAGCAAAGAGCCAGACGAGGAUCCGCGUUGGAAGCUGCCAGGCAAGGAAGCCGAGACGGCGGAAGGACGGGGCCCCGACGCGCUCCACGUUAUGCCUCCCCCUUGUCGCAGAGUGUACGACGCCUGCAGUCUGCAUCCGCUGCCGAGUCACCUCGUGCCGCGCCAUCCCCGCUGUCCCCCCGAGUCCGUCGGCGUCCAUCGCCGCCCGAUGCGUCCGCCGUCCCCCCGGCUAGCCUCUUUCAGUCUGUUUUGGUUCUCUGUAUCGUUCACGUGGUCGCUCGUUCGUGCGCCUUGCGCGUGUCUCGUUUCCAGCUCAGUAUCCUCGUUUCUGCGUCCUACGACGAGUCGGAAGAGGAGCGAGAGCGCCGCAAACACGAGCGCGAGGAAGGCUUCCAUCUGAGCGAGCGUCUGGCGUUUUCCUCUCCGUUUUGCGCGUCGUCGGCCUGCGCAAAGCGGGGAGCGCACCGAGACCCGCUGGUGACUCACGCGCGGUCUACCUCCCCCGCGACGGCUUCUCAGUUUGCGGAAGCGGAAGAAGCCUCCUCAGGAGGUUGCGCCGACGCCCGCCCUGUCUCCCCGUCUGACGCGUCACGUACCACAGGGGCUUGGCGGCGCCGCGCUGAGCGCCGCCGGGUCCCGUGUCGAGCUCUGUCGCCAGCCUCCCUCGCGCUGCCUCCUGCCUCGUCGUGUGGGGUCCCGAGCGACUUGGCUUCCGCCCAGCCGCACGCCUCGAUUUCCGCGUGCUUUGUCCUCGCUGUGGAAGACCUGGUGGUGCUGCCCGGAGGAGAGUUUGCCGCCGUCUUUGUCGACUUGGCGGUGAAGAAGCGAGCGGCAGCCCACGUGCUCCAUCCGUCCACUGACUUUCCGCGACUGCUGCCUAGCGACGUGGCGAGCUGCGUCAACCCUCUCCCCCGCUUCCUCGCCACGGCCUUCCCCUGUCUGCGUGCGGAGGCAGAGAAAGGGUGCGCGAGCCUGCGAGCAGGAGGCCGCAGACCUGGGCACGACGACCACCCGCCGGCGCCGCUCCAGGCGCAUGGAGCCGCAGACGAGCUAGCAGACACCGUGCAGCAGGCCUCCGCGUCGCCCGGCCUCGGGUGUCUGGGGUCUUUCCUUUCGUUCUACACGCAUCACUACGGAGCGUCCGCCUCGACGCUUCUGGCUGGGCUGUCUUCUGCGUCUACUGGCACGAAGAGCAGCGAGCGCGCUGCGUCGUUUCAGAGGCUUCUCUCUCCCGCCUCGCUGGGCAGCCCUGACCCCGCCGAAGGCCGAGGCUUCUCUCUGCUCCAGUCUUCGUGGAUGUCGGAUGGUGCGGCGCGAGACGCCCGCGUCGCACCUCAGCUGCUGCAGCGGGAAGACAUCGCGGCGACUCUCCGACGGCGGAGCCGCAAGAAGCCGUGGUCGGUGUGUUCUGUGCGUGGCGUGCGCGUCGCGUUCUCUUCGGAUCUCCUGCUGAACGCCCACCUGAACCAAGUCGGGCGUCUCUUUCACCUUUACUGGGCAUGCGUCGCCUCGUACCAGCUCCGCGCUCUGGACGGCCGUCAGGCGCCGCAGGCUGCCGUGGCUGGUGCCGCAGCGGGGGCAGGGCAUGCGGCGCAGCUGCCGGGUGCCGCCCGCAGUCGACGCGGAGGAUGCUCCCUCGAACAGCUGGAAGAAGGCGCGGGCGAGCUCCGAGGGGAGAGAGCCGAGGAGUUGGCCGCGGCGGAGGGCGACGAGGAGGCUGAGACAGACCCAGACGAAGAAGAAGUCGACUUGGAGACGCGCGAGCUGCCCGUGACCGUCUCGGUGUCGCGCGCGGUCGUUCAGGUGUUCGAGCGGUCUGCGGCCUGCGCACUCCUGCUGGAGGCGUCGCAGGUUUCCGUGCAGCUCGGCGUGGAGAAGGCGCAUGUGCUGAUCUGCCCGCGGGUCCUGUUGCAGCAGCACGGGGAGGAAGAGGAGCGGCUGGCGGUGUGGGGCAGAAACGCCGACGGGUAUCUCCCGGCGCUAGAGCGGAGCGGCCCUCGGGCUUUCUGGGGCGGUCUGCAGAGCUCAGUGCAGUCCCUUGGAGGCCUCGCCGCGUGGAGAGGCAGCGGAGGCGGCUUGAGCGCGCGCAGCGCGGCGCGCCGACGCAGCUCAGGGUCGCCGUUCUCACGCGCGGCGGCUCUGCGCCGCCAACCAGCGAGCGGAGGCCGAGACCGCCCCCGCGCGGAAGACGCGAGCGAGGACGAGGCGCUCGAAGAGGAGGAAGCGGGGACCGUCGCGGGGCCAGACGACGGCGGGCUGGAAGGCCCCCCGUGGCGUGCGCCGCGACUCCUCGUGCGCAGGCGCGUCCGGUACGCCGCGACGGCCCUCUACGCGCGGCUGUGCCUCGCCUCUGUGGAGGCCCCGCGUGUGCCGCUGCCCGCGCCUCCGCCCCCGGGACUGGGGGAAGCCCAGCGCGACGCCGGCGCGCCCGAGCAGCAGACGGACGCGCCGGCGUCGCGCUGGGCUUCGCCCGCCGCUCCCCGCCACCCACCCCAGGCGCUCGGCGGGACGUCCUCGAGCGACUGCCGCCUGCCCCCGCCGCCGACGCCGUCCUGCGGCGGGGGGUCGCGCGUCGAGCUGCUGCACGCCGCAGUGCUCCGCGGCCGAAGCGCGGCGGUGCGCGUGAUUGGGGAGCUCGCCGGGCUGCGGAUGGAAGGCAGCACGCAGCAGAAGCCCAGCUGGCGGCAGAACGUGCGCCUGACAGCUGCCGCCGGCUGGCUCCUGUGGGUCGAGAAGGGCCUCUUGUACUGGCUGAUGCUUCUCCUCCACCUCAAGACCACCUGGGUGCUGCAGAAGAAGAAUGCGAAGCUCCGACUGGCGCCGCCCACCGACUGCAGGGCUCCCCCGGGCGCCGCGUUGCGGGCGAAGAAACGGAGCACGGGCACGAGCCCCAGCGCGGUCACGCCGCAGCCGACUGCCGAGCGCGUGGUCGCGGUGAAGGAGCACGGACGGCGCGAUCCCCCGGAGAGCGAAGGACAGGCGGCGGCGCCCGGUAGCCUGCUCUCCCCGCGUCGCAGCGAGCGACACGAGGCGAGCGAGGCAAGGCAGACUCUGGGUCACGGAGAAGAAGCCUCGGCGCCGCGAGAUGCGAAACCCUCGAGGCCAGGCGUGGAAGCGAGGAGCCCGAAGAGCCCCGCAGCAGAGGGCGGCGCUGAAGAGGCGGAGCCAGAGAGCGGGGGGGACAGGCUGAAGGCCGACUUUCAUCAAGAGGAAGAACACAGCGCGAAAGCGUCGGCGCUUCGAAAGCCUUUCCUGCACGAAGUCGCUCCUUUCGCGAAUCCGGUGCAGAGCGACGCAUCCCUGUCGACCCUCCUCGACGCUGAGGAAGACCUGCCCGCCUUCGAGGUCCGGUGCAGACAGUCGUUCCACGCGCGGUUCUUCAACGUGUGCAUCUUCUCUCCAGUCACACCUCUGCCUUCUUCUCCGCCGUCCUCUGAGUCCGCCGCGUCGACUCCUCGCGCUGCCUCGUCGUCCGAGGCCGCUCCGGCCUCCUCCGCGGUCUCCGCGCGUUGCGGGGAGCCCGCGCCCGGGACUCGCGAAGAGUCGCCGCAGGAGGACGCGGGGGGGGGACGCACAGACGCGGCGGGCGGCAACCACACGGCUGGGAGAGACCGGCGAGGAGGAGACGCAGAGCCGCUAGAGCCCCGCGCAGGCGUCCUGCGUCUAGUGAGCAACGUGCUCGUCGUCCACGCCUCAGAUGUGGCAGCAGCCACCGUCAUCGCCGCCCUGCCUCUGCGCGCCGUCCCCGCGGUGCUCGCUCCCCAGCUCCCGCAGGAAACGGCGGAGAAGAAACACAACGGCAACCCAGACAGCCGCGAAACCCCGACCGCUGCCGCGGGGGCUGCCGCCGAGCCGCGGGCCGGCACGGAAGCCCCGCGGGCCUCCGCCGCGCGCAGGGAGGAGGGCGGCGGAGCCGUUGAUGGGCGCGAGGCGCGCGUGACGCGCUUUGAGCCCUUUGUGUGUCAGGGGCGACUGCUUGGCUCAGGCGACGUCCCCUUGAAGGCGGGGGGUCGCAUGUUUCCGCCGAGACAGGCGCAAAGGAGGCCGAGGGAAGGGCCUGCAGCCCCGGAGGCCAGCGACGCCUCGCCUGCUUCGGGCGCAGAGCGGGAGUGGCGCUCGGUCGUCGACUGCGCCGCUCUGCUCAUCUCUCUCCCGCAAGCGCCUCGCGGCGUCUCUGUCCAGCUGAGCUCGGUUCGCGGGCGCCUCUGUGAGGAGCUGCUGCUGCCGCUGCAGAGUCUCCUCGGCGCGGCGCAAUUCGACAUGAUGACUCACCGCCUCGCUAAGCUGAAGACGGAUGUGCCGACUGCCGCAGGCGCGGAGCCGCUGGUGUCGGUCCGCGUCUGCGACAUCGACGUCCUUCUCGCGUCACGGCUGGCGCUGUCCGCCGAGCGCGUUCUGAUCAACAUCCAGCCGUCUCGAAUGCCCUCUGCGUCGGCUCUCUCGCGCUCUUCGUCUAUCACUGCCUCGCCGUGCGUCUCGGCUUCCUCCUCCGCCUAUGCCGCCCCUGCCGCCCUCUCCCCGUCCUGCGCGCAGACCUCGCAUGCGGGCGACCUGUUUCCUCAGUCCGUGCCCUCUCCCGCCGCGCCGUCUCCGGCGGGGCCUUCGCCUCGCCCCACAUGCGCAGGCGCUGCGGAGAGAGGAGCCGCCUCGACGAAGAACGCGCUGCGCAGCUUCGCCGGCGGCUCCGCUGGACCCGGGCGCGAGAAAAAGUCUGUUCACCCGCAUGUCGAGGCGCCAGCAGCGCCCGACGUCCGCGGCGCGCUCAAGUCGAAAAACGGGUCUUCGCGCCUGAAGAGCGGCUUUUCGCCCUGCGUCACAUACGAGGUUCUGCCUCUGCCUCCUCUCCUCAAGUGCGCGACGGUCCGCGUGUCUGUGCAGCUGCGGAGGCCGCCAAAAGGCCUCAGCCUGCAGCCGCACCACGCUCCGGCGCCCCGCGGCGCGAGCCGGCGACCGCGCCCCGAGAGCGGCCUGCCGCCCUCGAACCCUGAACUCGCCCCCAGUCAGCCUCCAGCCUCGGAUUGCCGCCGCGCGACGCCUGCGUCUCCGCGUUCUGCGAUUCCGCCAGCCGCCGUGGAGCCUUCAGAUGUUGGCGGGGAUGCCGCGGGGCGGACACGCGACGCUCCAGUCUCCGGUGAGGCGCCCGAGUCCUCUCCGCAGCCUUCCUCAGAGCUUGCUACGUUGGUGGGUCGUCUUUCCUCACCGUCUUCCGCUGUGUGUCCUCUGCAUGCUUCGGCUGGCUGCGCAGCGUCAGCCCCUCGGCGGGGGAGUGCUAGAGAGGACGCCGGCUCCCGCGGUGCGUCGGCGGUCGCCUGGCAGCAGCAGCGUGUGUGUGUGUGGAUCAUCGGCUGCGAAAUCUGUCUGCCUCCGCCGGGGCUUCCGAGUGCCCGCGUGUCUUCUGGGGCGUGUGUGGGGGGUCCGGACGCCGAGGAUCGCUCUCUUUUCUCGCACCUGCUUGAAGCGGUCGCCAGCCCCGCGCUAGGCAUUCUGCGCACGAUGCAUGCGGCGUGGCUCCUCAACAGCCGAUUCUCGCAGGCGCAGCACGGCCACCUUGCGCUCGCGGCUCUCGCGGCGUCUGCCUCGCGUGGAGCCGGCGCGCCGUCGUUCUUCCCCGUUCUUUUUCACCCCUCGGGUCUCUCGUCCUUCUCUGCGUCUCCGGCGCGGUCGGCACGAUCGGCGCUCUCGUCUGCGCCCUGCGGCGAGCAGCCGCCAGCUGACGCGGGCGCCGAGGCCUGCUGCCCCCCAGAGGCGGGAUGCGCGUCUGCAUCCACGGCAGAGGCGUCCUGGCUGUUUUCGGGUCCUUCCUGCACCCUCUGCGCAGACUCCAUGGCUUCGUUCGCCUCGCCGCGGGGGGAGUCCCCCGCAGCCGCGGCCGCGGCGGGCAGCCUCGAGGCGGCCGUUGCGGCUCUGUUUGAGGGUGCUCGCGCGCGGGCGCUUCCCGAGGGGCAGCGCCGGUCUCCGUCGUCGCCGCCCACUGCAGUCGAGCUCGUGUUUCGCGACUUCCAGGUCACCGUCCUCGCGCCCUCUUCUCUCGGGGUGCACUUCUCCGCUCGGCGUCCUUCCGCCGGCUCCGCCUCCUCGCCCAUGUGCGCAUUCGAGGACUUGCACGCAGAGCGCGCGCUCGCCGCAGAGAGAGAGAGGCGCUGGGCUCUCCCCGCAGCGGAGCGCGGGGUCGUCACUGGCGCCGAUCUUUUUCUCCUCCUUCCGCCGCUGGUCAUUCUGCCUGCGAUGCAGGCAGCAAUCCGGCAGCUGCGUGUCUCCGAGGCCGCUGAGGAGGCGAAGGCCCUGAACGCCACGGUCGCGUCCUCCAGGUCUGCUACUGUGUGCGUGGGGCGGUCGCCUCCGCUUCCUCCUGCAUCGCCUCCGGGUUCUUCUUGCUUUCUUGCUUACUCGCCGCAGCAGAGCGUCUGGCCGCGGGUGUGUCCGCCGCUGCUGCUGUUUGGCGUCUCCUCUGCGUCCGUCGGCUUCCUCGACGAACACACGCCGGGCUGCGCGUAUCUCCUUCGCACGGCAGCCGCGGCCGCUGUCGCUCCCGCCUCGCCUGCGUCCUUAGGCGGCUCCGCCGCGCCUCAGUCGGCCGACCUCCACGGGGCUUCGCUCGGGUCCGGGGGCUGCCCUCGGGCUGCAGCAGCCGCAGCGGCGAGAGGGAGAAGCGACCUCUCGAGGGGGCAGAAGAAGGAGCCGGGCGGCUCGCUCUCUCCCUGUCUCUUUUCGUUGCCGUGUGCUCGUGAGGCGCGUGGGGAGGCGGCGGAAGAGUUGCACGCGCGCGGCGGGACCGCGCGGCCUGUGUCCUGCUCCACAGCUGGCAGCUGCGACGCAGACUUCGCGUCUUCUCUCCAGAGUCAAGCCUGGAGGUUGGGAGGAGCUGAGGCGCCGCCGGACUCAGGUGCGCCGUCAUUCGCGCGCCCGUCCCUCGUGACUCAGGUGGACAUAGACGAUCUUCGUCUUCUUUUAUUCUCUCCUUCGCCGACGACGUUCAGCCCACCCUCGCCGUCCCCCACAGCUUUCUGGACGCAGCCUCAGGGCGAAGCGAGGUAUGCGAAGGCGAGCGAGUCGAGACCCCGCCCCGCGCGUGAGCCAGGCGGGUCGCGAGCCGAGAGGAACGCAGGUGGCGCCCCGCGCGACACAGCGGCGGCCGAGUCCUCUGUUUGUGAGCAGGUCGCUGCUGCGAGGAAGGACGGCGAGGCUGAGCCGCACAUGGGCGUGACUGCUUCGCCGGCGUGGAUGUUUCAGGCUUCGCGGCUUCACUGCGCGUUUGCAAAGCAGCAGGGGCUCCGUCGACUGGGUGCUCGCGGCUCAUACCGAGGCCCUACCUUGGGUCGGGGAGACAACGCGCCUCCUCACUCCGGGCAGUGUCUCUCCUCUGGCGUCAUCCCGUCCUCUUCCUCCACGGUAUGUUUGCCCUCCACGGGCUCUGCUGUGGCGCAAAUCGCGUCAGUCGGCUGCGACUCCAGAUUGGCGUCGACCGUGCCCGCGACAGGGCACAGCGACACGGAGGCGCUGGAGAUUCUUGCGCUCGCCGUCGACUGCGAGGGUGGGCUGCAAGCUCGGUGCUGCGCGAGUCUCCUCGAGACUGGAGCCGCGACCGUGGCGUCGCUCCGCAUUCUCCAGAGCCUCUGGGGCGCCUCGGCCUCCGCAGAGGCCCGCAGGCUGCUCGGGGUCGCUCAGCGAGAAGCGGCCGCCUACCGCGACAGAGAGCUGGAGGCGCGUCGCCACGCGCGGAUUGUCGCGGCGACCGAACUCGCCGUUGCGUCCGCGCCUCUGCUUCCUGCCGCGGCGCUCUAUGCGCCCGCACCUCCUGCUUCGCUGUCGCGUUCGGCACUUCCGUGCGAAGUUCUCUUCGGUGCGGCGUGGGCGCGGGCGGCGCGUGAGGAGGGGGAGCGCGCGCGAGCGAAGGCAACGGCGCUGCAGGCCUCGCAGGCGGCCGCUGCAGCGCGGCGCCUCACGCAGACGGUGCUGCUGGACGUCUCUCUGGCGGCGGGGGCGGAGAUUCGCUGCGAGCUGCACCGAGUCCCCGUGCUGCGCGUCUCUCUGCCGCAGGCUGCGGCGAGCGCGCGGAUGCAGCUCGUAUGGCCACCAGGGCUUCGAGGCGCCAAGCAAGAGUCAACGGAGGAGGAAGCAGCGACACCUCCCCGGCGAGGCGUUGGGGGAGGCGCGGUGGCAGACGCGGCGCUGGAGAAAGACGCCGGGAGCAGGCGCGCGGAGAAGCGGCUGCGCGCCGCAGGGAGGCUGCAGAGGAGGGCAGCGCUCGCGGGCAGCGCCCGCGAGCAGCUGCUCUCGGCGACGCUGGAAACACGCUUCAGCCUCCGCGAAGGGCUGCAGGUCACAACUAUGAUGACGACUGCAGGCGAGACGCCGACGCCAGCGCUGCCGCAGAGGCUCGCCGCGACCGCAGGCGACGAGGCAGCGAUGCAUGCGCCGGGGCCUCUUUCUUCCAGCGCGUCUGCGGGGGGGGCGUCUCGUGCGAUGCCGCUGCUCGUUCACCUCGCCCAACUCGACGCGUCUCUCGCGGCGCAGCUCUGUGCACCCGAUGCAGCCCCGCGCCUCGCUGUGGCCUCCGACGGUGCGGCGGCGCCUUCGGGACCGCCCUCGCUCCUCUCGCAGCCCGAGAAAGGGCUUCCUUACGCGUGGGCUGACGUUUUCGCGGGAGGAGCAGGCGGGAGGGAGCGCCUCGGAGGCCGCGAAGCGUCGCCGUCUCGACCGGGCGAGGGCUUGUCUGCCUCGCCGUCCUCUCGCGCGCUGCCGCUUCCGCGCCGGCGACACCUUCGCCUGUCGCUGCAGGCGCAGGUGAAGGGCGUGCGCGCUUCCGAGCCCGAAGAGACAGUUGGAGCCGCGACCUCGCGGCGGGCCGCCGUCCACGGCUGGGCUCCCUCGCCGAAGGAGGAGAAACAGGCAAGGGCGGCGGCGGGCACGGAGACCGUACAGGAGACACGAGGCUCUCUGCGGGAUUCAGGCACCGACUUAGAGGCGCAGAGGCACGCGGAGGCGUCGCGGAGGGCUGCCCAGCCCGCUGUCGCCGCCUCUUCUUUUCGCCUCACUGUGAACUGCCUACCCGAGCACGUGGCUCUGCUGCUUCAACUGGUAGGGACGCGCGCCGCGCAGCAGCAGCUCGUGCGCCAGCUGCAGCGAUUUCAGGCACAAGUCGCGCGCGAGGCGUCGCCCGCCAAGGAUGAGUUCUCGGCUUUGGAUGCGCUCUCGCGAUGUCUCCAAGAGAACCUGACGGCAGAGAUCUUCCUGCAUCUGGCUGCCUCCGACCUCCACGGAAAAUUCGAUCUCGCGCGUGGAUGUCUCGCCGCUGUCGAGUAUCGCGACACGAUUCGAAUCGGCUUUAUCUCUUCACCGUCGUCCUGUCGCGCGUUCUGCUCCCCUCGGGGCGGCGUUUCAGAAGAGGAGGCGCGAGCUUCGCGUGCGUCGCUAUCCUCGUCGACGUCGCGUGGAGCAGGCGGCGCUUUCUCAGAAGACAGCGACGCACCGGCGAGCACAGCCUCGACGAAGAAGUGGACAGACGCCGAGAGACGGGCUCGCGCAGAAGCGCCCCUCUGCUCAGCGCGGGGAAGGAACGGCUUUCUCUCUCAGCGGGACGCGAGCAGCGCCCGGGAGCUUCGGGAAAGCGAGACCGGAGACCGGCGAGAGGUGCCUCACGCGUGGGAGAUCCUAGACGAAGAGGGCAACGCGCGCGCGCGACGGCGGACGUUUCGAAAGCUGAAAUGCGGCGACGCGAGUGAGCUGAAGGGCGCGAGGAGGCUGAAAGGGCGAAGCAAGCAUCUGUACGCCGGCGACAGGCGAGGCUCGGGGCGGUCGGCGUCGUCGUACGACGAGGAGUCGACACCCCCAGGCGGGGAAGCCUGGCGGCGGAGAAUACAGCGCCGCGAGGUGACAGAGCGGCCCCAGCCGCGCGACCGCAGCGGGAACGCCUCCACGCGGCGCCCAUGGUUUCAGGGCCUCCGCCGGUGGGCUGAGGAGGAAGAAGAGGACGCCGCAUGGAGCAGCGGCAGCGGGUGUAGCAGCAGCGGCGAGCGCAGCGAAGCAUGCCGAGGGCGCGGAGCCAGAAGUCCUUCACAGGACUGUCUCGCGGGAGGAAGUGCGUCGACAGAAGACAGCGAGUGCGACAACAGACGAGGCCGCAACGAGGGGGGGGAGCACACGCACACGAGCUUGAGGCGGCGGUCAGCGGAGAGGACUGAGGAGGACGACGACGUCGCAACGAGCUCCUCAUUCACGAGUGACGCCGCGAGCGCAGCAGGUGCACUCGAUCCCGUUGCGGACGGAAGAGACGGUUCAGAAGGCCAAAAGCAGAGAGAGGAGGGGGGCGGCAGAGAAUGUUCCGCGGGUCGCGCCCAGUCGCGGGCUCGCUCUGCCGUCGGUCCCGGCCCUAUGCGUCGCCAUCGCGGGCGCGAGGCCUCGUGGCUGGUCACGCCGCUCUCUCCUUUUUCGAGUGAAGAGGCGCCCGCAGCGUUCAACAGCCGGCGAUGCGUGCUGGUCGUCCGCCAGGCCUUCUUCGGCUUCGAGUGUCCUGCGGCUCCGGCCUCACCGCCUCUCUGCCUUCCCCCGCGUUCGCGCUACACAUCCGCGUCCGUCGGCGGGCGCCGAGAAGCCCGCACCGCAGCCGUCGCUGCCUCGUCCUGCGCGGCUGUCUCGGCGUCGUCCUCGUUGUUUGGCGCGUUCCCUCCAGCCCCAGGCGCCGGCGACGGCCUCCUCCCCCCCCACGCGCACCCGCACCUCCCCGCCGAGUCAUGUCGCUCGCUAGCUCCCCAUCAGCCGCCCGCCUGUGCUGCGGCGGCUGUCGACCGCCGCGGCACUCCCGGCGCCCUGAGCGCAAGCGACCUCUCCUCGCCAGCCAUAUGUGCGUCGCCGGCGCGCGAGGCCUGUCCCCCAGGGAGCGACUUCGCGCCUCCGUUCCCGAGAAGUCCCGCCGCCGCGCGCUUCGCCCUUGACUCCACCAGCUGGCCUUCGACCGGCUGCGCAGCACUCCCCGACAGGGCGCCGCCUCCGGCGGGGCUGCCCUCUUCGCCCUUCGCGGAGGCCCCGGGGGGGGGGGUGAGUGGCGGCGGGCGGAAGGCGCGGCGGGCGGCGCGCGAGGCCCGCCGCCCGCCUUACUGCCUCGGCGUCUCGCGCUGGAGUCUCCGGGGGCCGGGGGGCGAGCCCGUGAGAGGCUGGCGCGGCGACGGAGAGGGCAGAUUUCUGUGGGAUGACGAGCGAGCCGGCGGCGCCGAGGGCGCGGCCGAAGCGGAGCCUCACUGGUGCGGAGGCAGCCGGCGCGCGGCAGCCAUCGGGCGCAUCUCGCCGGCAGCGCUCGCGCUUCUCUGCGGCGUCCGCCUGCCGCCGCCAGUUCCGCAGCCGCAGGCGCUCGUGCUGCCCUGCCUGCGACUCCCGGGGGUGCGCUUCGAGGUCCUUCAAGAAGAAGAAGCGGAAGCGCGCGACGCGGCGCGGGAGACAGCGCGGCGGAAAAAACGGCGGGACGCGCACUCAAGAAGCAGCAGACACACGAGGGAGGACAGGGGCAGCAGCGCGUGCAGAGAUGAAGACGAGGGAGAGGAGAGCAAAGGCCCGCGGCGCGGGAGAGGGCGAGACGCAGGGGAGGAGACGCGGCGGGGGUGGGCGGCUCCCAGCAGGACGCGCUCAAAGGCUUCAUCAGGUGCGGUAUCGCGUGCGGCGCGUCCGCAACUCAAUCUCUUUUGCGUGGUGAGCGCUCCCUCGGUGCUCAUCUCGCCCUCCACACUCGUCUGCAUUCGCCACCUCGUUCUCCUCACCGACGCCUGCCGCGCACUCCUCCUCCCCUUCUGCGAGCAAGUGAAAGAUCUGACCAGCCAGGCGCGACUCGCGUCCUUGAAGCAGGCGGCCGUGGAUGGCGGCGGGGGGGCAGGCGCCGCUGGAAGCCUCGCUUCCUGCGGACGGCGAGGCGAGAAGGCGGUGCCGCGCAAGCGCUUCACUGGCAGGAUCAUUCCCUGUCUCUCUCGCUCGAAACCAGCCGACAGAGGAGCUGCGAAGGGCGCACCUCCCGCGCUCUUUGUCCUCGACGUGACGCUCCUUUGUCUCCGUCCGCAGGCGAAUGUCCACUGCAUCGCGGCCGCCCGUGGGGCGUCGCCGUCGCCGCUGUCUCUCCUUCCCCUCGCCAGAACGGCAGGUGCAGUUUCCUCCCCGUCUCUGCCGCGUCCGCGGACGGCCGAAGCCGCGGCGGGCGGCUCGCAGGCGUCUUUCUCGUCGAGUGCCUUCGCCUCACCGCCGCCGUCGUGCUUCUCGUCCUCCUCGCCGGCCUUCGCCUUUCCGCACAUCUCGCUGGAGCGACUUCCCUUCGCGUCCGGUUUCCCCUUCGUCGUGGAUGACGAUCUGCUCCACCUGCCGCCAGACGUCUUCUUGCGGGCUGCAGGCAGCUCAUUCCUCUCUGCGUCCGCGUGGCUGUUUGCGUCUCAGGCGGGGCGUGCAGACUAUGCGGGCGCGUCGUCAGCGGAGGACGGGGAACGCGACGACGCCCGAGGAAGCUGCCUCGCGCUUCCCGCGCCUCCGCCGCUGCUGCUGCCUGGUCAGCUGCGCCAGGAAGCUGUGCACGCCGACGUGGCGCCGCUUCUGCUGCCCUACAAGAAAGUCCUUGCGGCCUCGUGGCUCGCGCAUGCCUCGCCGAUAAGCCGGAUCCCACGCAGGAGCGGCGGCUGCCUGCACGCAGGCCCCGGCAUGGAGGGAGGAGACGAGACCUGCGGAGGAAACAGAGCAGCCGCAGAAGAAACAAGGGGGGGGACGAAGCUGCGGAGGAGGCAGUUGACGGCACGGCGGUGGAAGGAGAGGGAGAGGGGGGAGGCCAACCAGGGUGCUUCCAGGCGCGAGACGCGAGAGGGGAGUUGGGGUCUGUUGACGGAGCCGCUGCUGCCGACGCCCUCGCCGUUGUUCAUGCCUUUCGAUGCUCCCUUCCCUGGAGCCGCGAUAGCGGCUGGCGCCGGCGCAUGCGAAGCCGCUUUCUACAGCCAUUCUGGUGGGGCUUCAGAUGUCCAAGCUCGGGAUGCGCGGCGAAAAACCGACGUCUUCGGGCGGCCGCUGGAGGCUUCGAGCUGCUCUCCUUGCCCAGCUCGGUCCCCCGCGGCGAAGGGAGCCCUCGCUCUGUCGUCCUGUCUCGCUUCUGAGGACGUGAAGGCCGCCGGCCGUCUCGCCGUCCCUCCGCGCUCCUCGCCUUCCGCCUCCGCGGCGCUCUCCUUCCUCCGCCAGCCUCUGCCGCGCCACAGCUGGCUGUUCGCCGCGCCCGUCGAGGCCCCGGCGGCGGGGGCUGUCUCCCUCGCCCGCAUGAUGUGGGCCGCGGGGGGGCGGCGGGGGGGCGCCGCAGAAGACAGCGCAGGCGGCGCCGGCCCGGGGCGCAGACCUGGUUUCUUCCCCCUCAGCGAAGACGAGGCGCGGGAGGCGCUCGCAGAAGAAGUGGCGCUCGACGACCUGCGCCGCGGCCUCCGAGGACGAACCGCGGCUCAGCUCGUUCUCUCAACUGUGCGCGUCGCCGCGCAGUGCCGCAUCGAGGUUGGCGGACCCCCAGAGACAUCGCUGUCGGCGGGGGCGUCUCCUUCCUCCUCGCGAAUCUCAGUCGAUUUCCUGGGCCGCGUCUCUCCGCUGUGCGGCUCCGUCGCUUCGCUCGGGGCUCCCGGCGGUCUGCUGUGGCACAUCGACGGGACGAAAACCCCGCGGGACAGGCGCAGGAAGCCCCGCGCGGACGCCGACCGGGCGGGCCCCCUGGCGAGCCUCCCGCAGCGAGACCUGUCAAGCAGCCUCUCCUGCGCAGGGAGGCGCCGAGAGGCGCAGACGCAGUGGCUGGCGCGCGAAGACGAGGUGGGGCCUGCGCGGAGGCGUUUUGACGCGCGAGAGGAGGCCGCGACGACGCGCGGGAGUCUACCCGUGCACGCAGCUCAGCGAGGCGAGGAUGGAGGUGACGAGCGCGCGGCGGUGUCCCCCGCGGAGGCGAGCCGGCUGUGCGAUGAGGAAGAUGGCUUCCUCGAGGAGAACGGCGCGCGUCUCCGCUUUGCAAGACGGCGGAGCCGAGAGGGGGCCGUCCUGCCCCCCGAGGAGGCGAGACGCGAGCGCGAGGAACGCCUGGAGCGGAGGCAGACGCUGCUGUCCUUGUCGGCGGGCAGGGAGGAACUGGGCGCGAGUGCGCUGCGAGCGGGCGGCCUGAAUCGCUUUGUGGCGGAUUGGCAUCGGCGGAAGAAUGCGCGUCGCCCCGUCUUCUCCGCGUCGUCGCUUCCGGGCGUCGCGGCGCGUCGAAGCUCGGCUCGUCUCUUUUCGCGGGCGAGUGGCGAGGUCGAGCGAGUCAGACGGCGAAGGGGGCGGCGGCACGACGUGCGACAGCACUCGUCUCCGACCUUUGAGAAAGUGCAACUCCACGCCUCGCAGAUCCUCGAGAAGUACCGAGCCGGCGGCCUCAGACGCACGCGCAGCGCAGUUCUGACGCAGGGGAAGCCGAGUAUCUUGUUCAGCAGCAGCAGCUACGCGGGCGCGGGCGCGUACGCGCGGGGCUGCGAGGGACAGAGCUACGACGCCCUGCACACGGCAGAGGACGCGACGGAGGACGAGCAAUCUGCAGACGAAGACGGAGGCUGGACGAAGCGCUCAGUUCUCUCGACGUGGGCGCGAGACCCGCGCGGCGGCGGGACCUUGGGUGAGCGGAGAAGGCGAAGCGGGGGUGAGGCGGCGGACUGCGGAGACCUCGGGUCGGGGGCGGCGCUCGUGGAGCGACUCGCUCGCAGGCAGGGCGAGUGGAGGAGCUGUCGAGUCGAAGGCGGAGGAGGAGACGCGAGGGCCCACAGGCCAGCGGCCCGGGAAGACGAAUCCGACGACCGCGGCAGCGGAGGAGAGACAAGCGACGUGCAGUCCGAGGCCUCCAGCUAUGAGAAUCAGGACAUGAUCGCCACCGGGGAGGAAGACGACGCGUUUGCAGUAAAGCGACCCGCCGCGCGAGAGACCUGGCGGCGGCGGAAAGCGCGUGCAGGACGGAAGGAGCGACGGCGUUUGUUCUCGGCGCGCAGUCGCUCCGUCUCUCUGCCGUCAAAGUAUCUGCGGAAGGCCCUCAUGGCGCGCCGCGAGCCCUCUGAGCCGCGUGGCUGUGAGACGCCUCUCUCGCACUUCUUCCCCUCCUGGUCGCCCCCCAGCGCCCAGUCGCCGUCCUCUGCGCCGCCGGCCUUCCUCUCGCCGCCCUCGCUCUUCCUGCCUUUCCUGCUGUCGCCCAACGCGUCCCCCAACAGGCCCCCUGCUGGGGCAGGUACCCGGCGCGGCGGCUCGCCGCCGGGCUCGGCGAAUCGGGGCGUGGCCUCGGCCUUCGGCUCGCUGCUCUCCACGCCCGCCGCGGCGGCGCGGCUGUCGACUCGCGGAGAGCCGAAGGCCUCGCGAGAAGAGGAGAGCGAGGGCGCUGCCGGCGAGGCGCAGGGGCUGGGCUCUUCGAAGCGCGGCCGCUGGCGCGCGUCGUCUGAGCAGGUGGUCGCUUUCUCUAGCGACGCCGGGGAGGGGGAGCAAGACGAAGACGACGAGAUGGAGUCCCCGGAGCGAGACAGCGGAUUGUCCUCUUCGCCUUCUCUCUGCUCGCCCUCUUCUUGUCGCAGAGGCCCCCGCGGCAGGCAGGCCUCUGCGCUUCAGUCUGCGCCAGGGAGGGCGGCGCCGCGGCCGCGCUGCACUUACGACGCAGUUUUGAAGCCGGUUCUGUGGCUGUCGGAUGUGUCGCUGAUGCUGGAGACGGGGUUGCCGAUCCGGAAGUCCUCGGGGCGUGUGUUUGCGCACACCUGUCUCCUGGUGUCGAGCUCGGAGGUUUGCGUUUUGCUGCAGCACCUCGCGCACUCGUUUCUGGUUCUGAGCAAGGCGUCUCGGCCGGCGUGUGGUCCGCGCCAGAGCGCGCUCGCCGCCCUCAAGAAGAAGCAGCCGCUGUCGCACGUCGCGAUGAAGGCGCCGAGCGUCUCCGCGAAGCCCGGCGACGGCGGGCUCUCCGGGGCUCCGCUGCAGCCGGCGCUCUCCGCUCCAGGGGUGGAGAAGAGGCCAGAGAAGCGCCAACUGCUGCUGACGUCCAGUUCCUCCAUCAAAGUCUCACGCGGCGCCUCCGCGGCUGCCGCCGCAGCCUCGGCAGCAGCUGCCGCCAUCAAGCGGGGGGCCACGGGCGGCCUCUCGUCGGUCGUUUCUGUCUCGGGGUUGCGCGGCAAAAGAGAGUCUGCCCGCGGCGCUGCGGCGAAGGAGCGCGGCGGCAACGCUGGAGCAGUGGCCGUGGUUGAUGCAGCGGCGCCGCCGCGUGCGGCAGGCCGCGCCGGGUGCGCAGCGGGCGGCGAGAGCGCAGAGACGCGCGCAGGCAGGCCUGGACGAAAAAGGGGUCGAGGGCAGGAGCCCAGACAAGGCGCCAAGAAGGUGCGACAGCGGGGCGCAGCCAGCGCAGGAGACGGAGGAGGGUCUUCGAGCGAAGAGGAUGAGGAGGGAGAAGAAGACGAAGGCCUCGUCUCCAGAUGCAGCAGCGCCGCAGAGGACGGAACGACGAGAGAGGACGAAGAGGAGAGCAUGCCGGGGGCGGGGCUGAGGCCAGACCGGGACGGCAAAGCGGCCUCGUUCACAGGCCUCGCGCGCCCGUGUUCCCCGCCCCCGCCGCCGUUUUCUGCAGCUCGCGGCGGCCUUCCGCGAGCCAGCUGCGGGGGGAGUGGAUACGGCGAAGGCGACCGCGGCGGUGCGGCAGUCCUUGCGCCGCGCGAGAAGCCGCAGGCGCUUCAGGCCCUAGCUGCGCCUCCGCAGCCUCGGCGCGCCGCGCUCGUCCUGCGGCCUGCGGCUAUCCGGCGGCAGCUGAUGUCCUACCUGCAGGCUGAAGAAGAGGAAGAAAAAGCCCGAGCGAACGGCAUGGCGCACGCUGGCACAGUCCAGCGCGAGGGUCUCUCGCGGGAAGGAGCGACGAAUGUGCCGUCUUCACUGCGGAAGCAGCCUGAAGCGGGAGCAGAAACGCGCUGCGGAGGGGCGCCUCUCGAGAGUGCGGCCUUCACCAGGCGCGCGCGGUGCUUCAGCGCCGACGGCAGAGGCCGUAGAGGCAGGGAGGGCGUCGCGGCGGCGGCUGCGCGGGCCGUCGCGGCGGCGGAGGAGGCGCGCGAAAGACGAGGUGAGCCCAGGCGCGCAGAGGAGGAAACAGACUUCCACGCGGAAGAGGAUCAGCCAGGCGAGCAGAGCGGGGGAGAAGGAGGCCCGCGCGCAAGCAGGACUGGGCACGUCGGAAGGGGACGGAGAGGAGGGGAAGAAUGGGGAGAAGAAGGAGGAUGCAGUGGGCUCGGAGAGAGCGAAAAAAGCCAAGACGAGCUCUCGACGCACACAGCCAGCACUUCUGCUGGCGAAGGGGACGAAGAGAAAACGUUCUUCCUCGCUGAGCUCCUUAUCAACGAAGUCUGCUGGUCGCUGCUAGCUGGCCCCAGGUCCCUCCCCUUCUGCUGCUUCUCCUGUCGCCGCGUCUCCGCCACCAGCACCAUUCAGGCCUUCACAGAACACCGCACCAACCUCGAGGUCGACGUCGCGGAAUGGAGCAUCCUUCAGCUGCUUCCGCGCGAGGCGCCAGCCCUGGCGUGGUCGGGCCUUGCGCUGCAUCUCCCGUUGCCGCCGCCCGCGUCUUCGCCGCUCCGUCGGUCGGCGGUCCGGGCUUCUCGGGUGGUCUCGGGGCCUCUUGACCCGUCUGAGGCCCCCGGGGGGGCGUCUCGAGCGCGUCGUCUCUCUUCGUCGUCGGCGGGUUCAGACGGGUCGCGGUCUUCGGGUGUGUCGGGUUGCGCCUCGCACGCCGCCUCGUCGUCCUCGCAGUCGUUCGCUUCCUUGCUGGCGUUGAGCGGGCAAGCCCGGUCGGCGGUCUCGUCUAAGGGCGUCGAGAAUCGCCUCGUCGGCGCCUUGGGUGCCACGUCCUGCGGGCUGCUCAGCCUGUCUCCGCCGCUCGGCGUCAAGCUGCCGCCUUCGCGGCCCGAGUCCGCCGCCCCAGACGCGCAGAACGCGUCGCCUUCGUCCUCGCUCCCCACGCCGGCGGCGCCUCUCUCCAAGCUCGGGUUGCUAGCUUCUUCGUCGUCUGGGCCUUCCGCUUCUCCUCCCUGCGCGUGUGUCGAGCGCGCCGAGAAGGCCGCAGCGCCGGCGGAGGCGUAUGCAGACGACCGACCGUCGCCGCCGCUGUCCCUUCCCGGGGGCGACGCCCGCCAGGGGCCCCCGAGCGUCUCUUCGCCGGAUCCCUCUUCCUGGGGAAAAGACGAUGACGAGGCGCGCAGCGUCGUCUCCGCUGAGGGCAGCCAGCGCGUGGCGAGCGCCGGCCGCCCUCCUGCGAUCGCGGCGCAGCACAUGGUCCGACAGAAGGAGAAAGUGAGGUCGCUGCUGAGUCGCCUGAGCAGGCGGCACACCGGUGAUGCCCUCGGCAGGGAGGCCGCAGAGUCCGCCGCGCUGCGAAAAGCCGCCACGCGGCCGGCAGCAGCGCCCCUCGCGGACGUGACGGCCUUCCCCGACCCGAGCCCUUCGCCGCCGCCAAGCGGCGCGCUGCCGCCUCGAGAGGGGAAGAGUCUGUUUUCCCCGGCGCUCGUGUGCGAAGGCUUGCUGAGCUUUGGCGACCUGAGGAAGAAGAGGGAUCGACGCGCGGCCGAGCCCAGCGCGGCAGAGCCCGCGCCAACCUACCCGCCGGACGACCUCCACCUCAGCCGAGCGAGCAGCGCAGAAAGCUCCGCCUCGACAGAUCUCGCAGAGGGGGAAAUCGUCCUGGAGAGCCCCGCGCUGGACACGCAGCGCGGCGGAGAGCUCAUCGAGGCGUCUCGGGAGAGCGCGCGGUGUGGCGGAGAGACGCAGGCAGACGCGGACGAGUUCGGGUUCGAGCGGGCUUGUCCAAGGCGAUGUGAGAAAUCGGUCGUCUCUGCGGAGCCGAUGGCGUGCGACCUCUUGGCCUCUCUCCUCUCUUCGCCGUCCUCUCGGCUCAGCAACCGCGCCAGAGCGGCAUGCGCCCCUGUCGCUUCCCAAGCACCGACGUCGUCCUCCUCUUCCUCGCCGCGCAGCUCGUCCUGCCCGCCCGCGUCAUCCUCGUCGUCCCCCGGCGCUGCGGCGCUGUCGCCUCCACUCUCCGCGCCCGCUCUGUUUGAGCACCGCGGCGGCCGCGGCGCGUCGCCGCCGAUCGCGUGCGCGCCGUCGCCUGGCUCGCUGACGGCCGCGGAGGGCGAGCGACUCGAAGAAGCGGCGAAGGGCGAAAGUGGCGGCGUGUGGCUGGAAGGCCGGUCGGCUUCGCGCCGCAGCACCGCAGUCGGCGGGCCCCCGGUUCAUUCGCUCUCGUCGCAGUUCCGCAGAAACUUUGUCGAGGCUGCGGCGCAGUGGUGCAGGCGCCAGGUCGACGCGCGGCUGAAGAAGCGCGGUGGCAGGGACUUGGACAGACAAAGCACUCUGGAGAGCGGCGCGAAGAUCAGACAAGACGCGCUGCUCGGCGCGUCGCCCGAGGCUCUCGACGUGGCGUCGCUUGAGGAGGCCCUCAAGGGGGAAGGUGAGCACGCGGACCUCAAAGCGAGACUCCGCAGAAAGCUGCGCCUGUCAGGCAGGGCAGCAGAAGGCGGCGAGGCGGAACGCCGCGUCGAGAGAGAAAACGAGCGGCUGCAGCCCCUCAGUGGCUGCUGCAACCGACCCGGAAGCGAAGCGGGCCAAGGCGUCGAGGGCGACCGCGCGCGAGAGGGCGACAGGGCACCGCAGAGCGCGAGAGAGAAGUCUGCGAACCAGACCGAUGGCGAAGCGCCCCAGAGCAGAGUGAAGGAGAUGGUCUUGUGGGAGGAAUCGACCGAAGAGGGCGAGGAGGGAGAGCGGAGAGCCAGCCGCCGGAGCGUCGCGGGGGAGGAAGCGAGAUUCGAGGCAGAGAGCGCGCUCGCAGGAAAAGCGAAAGGGAGCGAGUGGAGGACACAAGAGGAGGAAAGCAGUGCGGAGGAGGAAAGCGGCGACGAGGACUGUGACGCCCUCGAGGCGCCGUUCUCUGCAGCCGAACUCCUCAUGCUCCUCUUCCCGCCAGGCACGCUCGCCUCGCCCGUGUUCACUCCUCUCCUCGACGUCCUUCAGCCGAGCGCAGCGGUGAACGAUGAGCAGGAUCUCUUUUUGGAUCUCUCGGCGUACCGAAAUGCAUUCUUCUUGCAAAGCGCGAGCAGCGCGACGCCCUCGCAGAACGAAGUCUCCCCCGUGUCCUGCUCCCCGCUCUCCUCGGCGCGAACCGAGCGCCCCCCCGGCUGGCGACCGGGCGCUCCCUCUCUGGGUCGCGGUGCAGGCCUCGGAGCCGCGGAAGCGAGCAGGCGAGAGGCGGAGCGAGAGGGGCGCCGCCGCAGACGAACGGCGCUCGUCGAGGGGGGAAGCGAAGGCCUGGAAGACGACGGGGGAUUCGGCGCGCGCAGAGAGCGAGCAGGGCGGAGACUCCGACGCGAGAUGGGGGCCGCGUGGCGCAGGGAAGCGCAUGCACUGGCGUGGGAGCAAGAGGCAGACGUGGAGGGGCAGCAGAGAGGAAAGCUGCUGCAGCAGCUCCUCGGAGGCCCCGAGGGCGGCGAGCCGGCGCGUUCCAAGGUCUCUGCGCACGCCAUCUCCAUCCGCUGCAGCUUUCGAUUCGUGGAACUCGAAGGCGCCGUCUGGCAAGUGUUCGAUUCUCUGAUUGUGCACAUCGAUCCGCUGCGCGUCCGUUUGGCGUCCGCCCUCGUCGAGCAGUUGUACGCCUUUUUCUUUCCGCCGUCCUCCUCCGCGUCGCUCGCUCUUCUGCCUCCAAGCGAAGACGCACUGCCGGGAGCCUCUGGGCUGCGGCAGAAAACGCAUGCAGGCGGACUCGGCCCCAGGCCGCCGCACAGCCUUUACCUCUGCUCGCCCGCGUCGCCACAAGGCGUGAGGGUGCCGCCAGCCGCGCCGGGCGGGGAGGAGGACGAAGAGACACUUCGCGGUUCCAGGGCCUCCGCCGCGGCGCCUCCGCUUCCUCGCGGCGCAGCUCGCCCUCUCGCGCCGGAGUCAGACGGAGAGUCGGGCGCGGGGGAGGCUCGCGAGGGCGGCGACGGAGGGAAGCGCGGCGAGGAAGAAGGCAGGCGCUGCAGCGACGUCUCGGCGUGUGAAUCCGUCGCAGGGCUGAGCAGCGCCGCAUGCAGCGGAGGAGGCGCCUCGGGUAUGGGACUGUCUGUGUGUGGGGCCUCUGGUGGACUAGGGGGCGCGGGCGCGGCGGGUUGCGUCCAGCAGAGUCUGGCGGUGGGGCCCAGCGAGCCAAGUAAAGUCAGCGUGCUUGUGAGUGUGCCUGUGAGUGCUCCUGCGCCGCAAGCCGGCGGCGCGUUGUCUUCGGCGCCUCCGCUCAUCUUCAUUCGCUACGUGCGCGUGUCGCCCGUCGUCGCGCUCGUCCGGUACCGGGGCACGGUGAAUCUCAACGACGUGCUUCUCGAGCUUAAGCCCUUUGUGCAGAGAGACAAACUGAAAACCUGGAAGGCCAUGAUUGACAAAUACAUCUGGUUCGUCGGCAGACAGGCGACAGGCCGCGUGAUCAGUCACAAGUUGCGAGACUUGAUUGUGCGGCGCAAGAGACCCGCGUUCGCUGACCGCAGUAAAGGCGGCGCCCGAGCGGCUGGCGGAGGCAGAGGAAGGCAGGUGGUGGCGGGAAGUCUGUUGGCGCUGCGCCCGCAGGGGAACGUGUCGGAAAUGCGCAAGAAGCACAUUCUCUUCGGCACCAAAUUGUAG